AUUAUUCUUGGUAGCAUUGUGUUCGGGCAGCGGAUCUCUCAUCCCAGACCUUCGCAUCUAUUCUCCCACAGAUAACUGCAAGUAAUAGACCACAAACACCGCGAGUGUGUACAGUGGGUAAAAAAGUGUGAGGAUAAAUCUGCAGUUAUCACCAUCUGUUGUGUACAGCUAUUCCAUGAAAUCUGUUGGAAGAGACAUUACUAUUGCAGGGAAGUCUGGGAAAAGUGAAGCUCACAUUUGCUACUAAAAGUUUGCUGCCUGGACAUUCAUCUGCUCCACAGUGCACGUGGUAUGCUGCACGGCCAAUUCACGCUUUGAAAGGGGCAAAAACAAACUGCCUGAUUUUUCCAGAUACCAUCCCCAGACAGUCGUCCUCGAACUCUGACCUCAGAGGCUCCCGCUACCAAGUUCUACCUCCAAUAGGAGCACACCCUCAUGACAUGAGCUACAAAGAAUGGAAGAAGCAGGAGCUCCUUGAUGACGGAGACUUCCACACUGCCCUGGAGCAAGUGGCCCAGGAACCAGUCCCCUACUUCACUCAGUUUGCCACACAACAGUCAGCCACGGCGGCACACCAAACUAGAGCUAAGCCUGACACACCACAGCAAACCACUCUCCAGACAGCUCAGUUGGCUGCACCUACAGCACGGCCUCGCGAAGCAGCUGAGACAGCUACAGCACAGGAAACAGUAGCAGAGCCAACUACAGCAGAGCUCCGUGGGAGGGAGGGAAUCCAGGAACACGUGGAGGGGAGGAGAGGAGGUGGCUCCUCUACCACUGAGAGAAGUGAGAGGGAGGAGGAAGGGAGGGAAGAAUCUGAUUCCUGUGACGAAAGAGGAAGGAGACACGAGGAGGGACAGAUAGUGGUUGAAGAAGAGAAGAGGAAAUCACUGACGAGUGAAGAAAACAGGAGAGAAGAAACAUCAGGCAAUCUCCCCGAGAGGGGGCACCCCGACGACGAGGUGGAGGUUGUGAUGGAGUCAAUUCUGGAGACUGCACUGCUGGAGGUGAUGAGAGAGGCUGAGGCUGGGCUGGUCGACAUCACUGCUCCACACUUCCUGGUGGCCACACCCACCACCCUGACUCACAUGUAGAACACCCACUUAUACACGACUCCAUAGAGCACUCACUACACACACACACCACUCUAACACUAUGUCACUAACUUGCAUCGCCUCAUGCCAUGAACUCAAACCUACUAACAUCCAACCUUCACCAUGCGCCGUAUGGCAAGAUCAAAGGCAACUACACAUAGAUUUAUACCGUCUUUCAAAAGCUGCCUCUAUCUAUGAGAUGAAUUCAGAAUCCUAAUCAGGGUAUAUAGCCUUCGACAAAAGAUUACAGUCAUUGGUGAAAUUGUGUUGUGUGUCUUGCCUUUGAUAUAAUAUACAUGCCAUAAUGAAACUCGUAUUUAACGAAACUCGCAUAAUAAAAUGGAAGCAACCAACCAUGUUACACACACACACACACACACAGAUAUCAAUACACUACUACCAUCAAUUUUUCCAUCUAUGAUGUCGAAAUAUUCAGUCCUCUCUCUCGCAAAUACUCCAGCAAUAACUGCAGCUCUACGUCCAGGAGAUCUGGAUCAAAUUCUAGUUCUUCCCUACAUGAUGUGUGUGUGUGUGUGUUAGAGCAGCAUACGGUAUAUAGAACCUCCGAUAAAGGACACUCCAAGUAUUAAGGACACAACAGAAUAACCCUCUCACUACAACACAAUUUGAGGUCACAAACGUUAAUAUUAUUUUCUGACUACGUUCAAGAGAGGACAACCGUCCUAUAAAUAAAGGUCCUGUUUCCAACGAUUCCGGUAUUAAUGUUUAGUUGUUGUUGAGUUGAACCUCACAUUGCCACACUAGUAAUUACCGCUAUUGCGCUUUCUAUAAGCCACAUCAACCACCAACCACUGUUCAAAAGACAUUGAGAACACAUAAACAUAAAAUAAAAAAUCAGUACAAAAAUUUGAGAUCAUGUGAGCAUAACAAUCACACAAAGAGACUGGUCCUAUACAAUCUCCUCUGUUCAGUUGGUGGGUGGUGAAAGGCCUUGGGCAUUGAAGAUGGAAGACUAUUUUGCAGUCAGUAUAGUUCCAGAGAGUCUACGAUAAGGCGUGGUCGUCUUCUGCCAGGAUGAGGAGUGGGUCUCCGGUUACGAUGCACACUGAACACUCUGUAUGUUGGCAGCAGCAAAUGGUUGUUGUCGCCUCAGUUGUUGUGUUGUUUACAUG